AGAGUAUUCGGUAUUGUGUAAGCGAGAGAGCGACACAUACAUUUUACUUACGACCUACGACAUACGACUAUUAGUGAAUGAACGGUCGCAUGGUAAUUGACAACUUACCGCAAUCGAACAAAAAUAUCACUUGAGAAUGCUGUUAAGGAAACCUUACACGGCAUUUAGCAGAAUAUCGAUACAAAUAUAAAAGAAAAAAAAACACCACGUAAAUAUCGAAAGAACAAAGUCAGGAUAAAAAAGAAAUUACUGGCCGCCUCCGAACACUUGUGAACGACAUUCGAAUUGAAAUAUGUCAUAGAAAUGAAAAGUUAGUCAAAAAGGUGUGAAAUUCAGUAUCUGACCGAAAAAAAAAUUCUAACCGUAAAUAUUUAUUUCUUCUCUCAUUUUAUCGCUGUUUACAUUGUAUUCCACGCUUGAUUUUUAUCAUGCGGUAACAAGAUGAUUUAUAAGAAGAAAAAAAUGUUUGAAACAGUAAUCUGAUUUUUAUUUGAACCGAAAAAAAAGAGAAUGAACUACAUUGUAUUCAUUUCAAUUAAAGUUUAGUGCCAUAAAAAAUGUUUGAUAGAACCAACGCGAAAAGAAAACAAGUUUUCGAAUUAAUUUUUCAUUUGUUUCAUUGACCGCAAUAUACAACCAACCCCAUGAUCCGAAACAUCGUACGAUGGUGUUUCAUGCGUAUUAAAUGGCACUCAAAUGUUCUUAUCUAUAAUUACGGUUCGAUUUAUUUCUGACAACGGUCAUUGCCACUUCGAAAGCGGUUUGUCAUGUAUCACAAUAAUUAACAAAAAAAGACAAAGAAAAACAACUAUCAAAAAGAAUGUUAAAAACCAACAAAAAAAAAACAGUUUUGUAAUGACGACGAAGAAAAAUAAAUAAACCAAAAUUGGUGGCAACAACAAAACGAAGCAAAAAAAAACAAGACAAUUGAGAAAGAAACGUGAAUUGAAAACAUAAAACUGUUGUAUGCUUAGUCAAAUGAGCCAGAAGAUUUUGUGCAAUUUGUGUGGUCAGUUCUGUUUGCAAAAGAAAUUAGUACGUGUUAUUGGCCUGAAGAAUAAUGGUUUCGCGAAUUGAUUUACGAUCAAUGUAUUCCAUUGUUGUUGUUAUUGUUGUGUUGAAUAAUUGACUUAUUGAGAAAUAGUGCGAAUCAUCGUUGCAUUUCUGUUGAACCUGAUUACCCUGAUAAAGAAAAAAAUAAAUCACACACACGCACAUACAAUUUUGGAGCACGAAUUUACAAUAAUUUAUUUACAUUAAACGGAAAAUAUGCUUGUUUCAUUCGAUGGAUUGCAUUUGCCGCCAUUUAAAAAAAUGUCAUUCAAAUCAAAAGGCAUUAAAUUAAUAUACCGCGUGUGCAUGACAUGACGAUAAAUAGAGAGGCAGAAAAAAUAAAAUCAAACCAUCGAAAUGCUAAACACUGUGACCCGACCCGAUGAUAUUCCAAUUUUCUUUAAAUUAUUAUUCGCGCGUUCUUCGACACUUCCGUGUUCGCAUCAUUGAUCUCCAUCAGUUGCUGACUUUUUGAUCUGUCGUCACUCGCUGUGUGUGUGAUUAUACCAUGUAAUCGGAAAGCUUUCGUUCGAUAUCCAAUUUGAGUGAUUGUUGUUUUUUUUUUUAUCAGAGUGUCGACAGAGAGAGAGAGAGAGAGAGAGAGAGAGUGAGCUGCCGUGUGAGCGCGAGCGCGCGAACUUGUUUUCGCCUUUCGAAUGCAACGCUCUUUUUUUAUGUAAUGGCUUGCAAUGCGCGAUUAUUCAAUUUUCAAAUCAUUUAUUUUUCAACGUUUCGUGACUGUUGAGAAAUCAUUUUGGCUAUUUUCGCACUAUGAAAAACGCAACAUCAAAUCACCGUACUGUUACUCUUCGGGCCGCUUGUUCACUCCAAUCACCAUAAUAAUAAUUCUGUGUUUAUUACAGCGUAUCGCUAACCAGUUCAAGCUCUUUGCGUAUAGAAAAUUUGUUGUUGUUGGUGGGGUUUGUUUUUUUCGUAUGAUUAAUAUAAAAUCGAAGUGCUUCGAAAAACACAGAAAAUAAACUUUCAGAAAACAAAACAAAAACCUGUCCGUUUCUAAACUGGUGGUGGAACCAGUGAAUCGAAACAUAUCAAAUCUUGCCUUGUGUCUGUCUCUCGGUUUUUGAAUACAUGUUGUGCUAGUCAGCAUUAAGUCGUCGACAUAAGCAGCAUCGUCAUCGCGUGUUUCUUCUCGUUAUUGUUAUUAUUAUUUCCACGUUCGUUAAAUUCUUGUUUUUCCCCUGGCCCGAAACGCAGAUCGGAGAUUCAUUUUUUUUCCUUCCUGUUAUUAUUGUUAUGGAGUUAUAAGUUAAAAGUCCAAAAUGAGCGAAAAAAGUCAUGAUAAAAAAUAUAUAGCGUCGUUGGAUAUUGGCACCACCAGUAUUAGAUGCUUCAUCUAUGAUAUCAACGUUAAUAUUGUGGGCAAAGCAUGUGCAAACAUUGAAUUGCUGUAUCCACAACCGGGAUACGUUGAAAUCAAUCCAGAUGAAUUGUGGCAAAAGAUUUUGAAAACCAUUCAAAAUGCAAUCAGUGAUGCUCAACUCAAUGCAAUCGACAUAUCAUGCCUCGGCAUAUCCACACAACGGAGUACAUUCAUCACAUGGGAUCGUACAACGGGUGAAACAUUCCACAAUUUUAUUACGUGGAAAGAUUUGCGAGCCGAUUCAAUGGUCCGAAAAUGGAAUGACAGUGUAACACUUAAGCUAAUGCACGGCGUAUCACAUUUCUUGUACAUGUUUACGAGGAACAAACGCUUUCUGGCGGGAAGUGUGCUAAAGCUUAUGAAUGCUCAGACCACGCUUCGGCUGUCGUGGAUGAUUCAAAACAAUAAAAAAUUGCAAGCGGCAAUCGAACACAAAAAUGCCCUUUUCGGUACGUUAGACUCGUGGCUGUUGUACCGAUUGCGACAGGGAAACGAUUUAGAUUUUAAGCCAGAACAUAUCAGUGACGUGACAAGUUGCUCAGCUACCGGAUUCUAUGAUCCAUUCACAUUACAAUGGGCCAAAUGGGCGUUAAAUUUAUUUUCAAUUAAGGCCAAUAUGUUGCCAACCGUUGUAGAUAAUUCGUAUAAUUUCGGGCACAUACACAGAAGUUUGCUGGGUCAUGAGAUUCCAAUCGGAUCAUCGUUGGGUGAUCAAUCGGCAUCGAUGUGGGGAUCGUGUUGUUUUAAUACAGGCGAUAUAAAAAUAACCCUGGGCACAGGUUCAUUUUUGAAUCUCAACACUGGAUCACAGUGUCCGGCUUCAAUUUAUGGGUUAUAUCCACUGGUUGCGUGGCGAUACGCUGACAAAAAGAAUACCGAACUGGUAUAUUGCAUGGAAGGUGCGGCUAAUGACACCGGCUCAAUCAUACAAUGGGCCAUGAAUUUCGGCUUAUUCCAAGACCCAUCCAAAUCCGCUGAUAUUGCAAACUCCGUUGAUGAUACAGAAGAUGUUUACUUUGUACCUGCAUUUAGUGGCUUGGGCGCGCCAAUAAAUGAUCAUCAAGCUGCAUCUGGUUUGAUAGGGAUUCGACCGUCAACAAAAAAUGCGCAUAUCGUUCGUGCAAUCCUUGAAAGCAUCGCAUUUCGGUUGACUCAACUGUACACAUGCACACAAACCGAGACCAAUUUCAAGUUUUCUGUUAUUCGUGUCGAUGGCGGCGUUUCCAAGAAUGAUUUUAUAUGUCAGUUGCUGGCCGAUUUGACGAAGCUCAAAGUUGAGCGUGCUUUUGAUUCGGAGUUAAGUGCAUUGGGUGCUGGGUUUUUGGCUGGUCUUCGGGUGGGUAUUUGGAAUACACGAGAUGAACUCGUGAAAUUACGCAAAGUGGAGCGUGUGUUCGUGCCAAACGAAAGUGUGUACGAACGAAGUAUGAACAAAAUGAAAAAUUGGGAAAGGGCUGUCAAUCGUUUCAAAGGAUGGUACCAACCUUAGAUCGCAAUACUAGAUAAUAAAACAAUUAUGUUUUAUAAGUCUCUAUUUUUUCCGCUGCAAAAUAUCAAUCAAUAAACGAAGUAUUUUUGUACAUGAAACAUUCACGAGUUAAAAACAAAAACUGGUUGUUCUUCUUUUUCAUUAUCCAGAAAAUAAAAUAUUGUUCAUGUUCAUCGCAAUAAAGAAAAACGAAAAGAAAUUUUUGUUGUUGAUAGAAAAUAACAAAA